AUGGCGCAAACAGACUACAAAUUCGAAGGCUGGAUGGGCCUUGACCCUAGUUCUGCCGAGGGCAACAUGGUCUGGCAGGAAUUCGAGCCGAAAGAGUGGGAGGAGACUGAUGUUGAUAUCAAAGUCUCCCACUGUGGUAUCUGUGGUUCUGAUUUACACACUCUCCGAAGUGGCUGGAAACCCACCGACUACCCCUGCUGCGUCGGUCACGAGAUUGUCGGCACAGCCGUGCGAGUAGGUAGCAAGGUCUCCAACAUCCAGAUCGGCGACCGCGUCGGUGUCGGCGCACAGAGCGGGUCCUGCCUUGGCUGCCUAGGUCCUUGCGAGGAGUGCUCAUCAGGCGUGGAGAACUACUGCAGCAAGAGGUUCGUCGGCACGUACAACAGCAUCCACUACAAUGGUGGUAAGUCGUACGGUGGCUAUGGGCGGUACAACCGUGUGCCUGCCCACUUCGCUAUCAAGAUCCCCGAUGCCAUCCCGUCGGCUCAUGCUGCACCUAUGCUGUGCGGCGGCGCCACCCUCUACAGCCCGCUCAAGCAAAACGGCUGUGGACCUGGCAAGCGCGUGGGCAUUAUUGGUGUUGGAGGUCUGGGUCACUUUGGUGUCCUGUUUGCUAAGGCUAUGGGGGCUGAUAAGGUUGUUGCUAUCUCCCGGAAGCUGGCUAAGAAGGAGGAUUCGCUGAAGAUGGGAGCUGAUCUUUACAUUGCGACUGAUGAUGAGCCGGAGUGGGCUACGGCCAAUUCCCGGUCUUUGGAUUUGAUUGUUUCCACUGUGUCAUCUACUAAGAUGCCCUUUAACGAUUACCUUGGUCUUCUGAAGACUGGUGGAUCGUUUGUGCAGGUCGGUCUUCCUGAGGAUGGUGGACUGUUCGCUCCUGUUAGAAGUUUGAUGCGCUGCAUCAAGCUGUCAAGCUGCCAUGUUGGUAGCCCUGACGAGAUCCGAGAGAUGUUCGAGCUUGUUGCUGAAAAGGGAAUCCGCCCCUGGGUGGAGGAAAUCCCGAUGAAAGAUGCAAACAAGGCGAUUGUGGAUAUGGAGGAUGGAAAGGCCCGCUACAGAUUUGUGUUGGUCAAUGAUGAGUAG